GAGAACAGAAGGUAAACCUGAGAGCAGCGAACUCUCUCUCUCCCUUGUUUUUCAAGAAGGUAAACCCUGUUUUUGAAAGAAGGUAAAACCCUAAAUCUUGAAAACUUUUUGCAAUAUAAGGUUGCAUCACUCUCUCUCUAUCUGCCCUGUUUUUCAAAGAAGGUAAACCCUAAAUCGAACGGCGAACUCUACGAAGUGGAAGAAGAAACCCAGAAGGUAAACCCUAAAUCGAAAGGGCAAAUGAAGCAUUUAGUCUGAUAAGAGAGUGCAGAGGUCCUCAGGCCAUAGGUAAAGUAACUGGGCGUACAAAGAAGGUGAAAUUGGACAUGGCGUCUUCUGGUCCCAUUGAGCAUCGAGCCUACGCGCGUGUGGGCUUGUUUGGAAACCCUAGCGAUGUCUAUUAUGGAAGAACCAUCUCUUUCAGUCUGGGGAACUUCUGGGCUGGGGUUUUACUGGAGCCUUCUGAAAAGCUCGUGAUCCAGCCUCAUCCUAUUCAUGAUCUCGUGGAGUUUGAAUCGAUUGAUAGAUUGGUAGGUCGGGUGCAAAAUGGAGGUUUUUAUGGAGGAGUUAGACUUCUUAUGGCAAUCUGCAAAAUUUUCUUCAACCACUGUGUUGAUAAGGGAAUUGCUUUACAUGGUGGAAAUUUUACAUUAUCUUAUGACACAAAUAUUCCUCGGCAGGCCGGGCUUUCAGGCUCAAGUGCAAUUGUAUGUGCUACUCUUAAUUGCUUGCUGGACUUCUACAAAGUGAGACAUUUGAUUAAAGUUGAAAUCAGGCCAAAUCUGAUUCUUAAUGCUGAGAAGGAACUAGGGAUUGUUGCGGGCCUCCAAGAUCGAGUCACACAAGUUUAUGGUGGGCUUGUCUACAUGGACUUCAGCAAGGAACAUAUGGAUAAGUUGGGCCAUGGGUUGUACACACCUAUGGACCGUAGUAUCCUUCCACCUUUCUAUCUCAUAUAUGCUGAAAAUCCAAGUGAUUCAGGAAAGGUGCAUAGUACUGUUCAGAAGAGGUGGCUUGAUGGUGACCCGUUAAUUAUCUCAUCCAUGGAGGAAGUUGCAAAUAUUGCAUUGCAGGGUCGUGAGGCAUUACUGAAAAAGGAUAAUGAUAAGCUUGCAGAACUUAUGAAUCGCAACUUUGAUCUUCGAAGACUAAUGUUUGGAGAUGAGGCCCUUGGUUCCCUCAAUAUCUCUAUGGUUGAGGUGGCUCGUAGUGUUGGUGCUGCUGCCAAGUUUACUGGUAGUGGUGGGGCUGUAAUCGCAUUGUGUCCCAAAGGACCAUCACAAGCGGAGGAUCUCAAAGUCGCAUGUCAAAAGGCUGGUUUUAUUGUUCAGCAAGCAGUGGUUGUCUCCUCUUUUCUCAGUGACGAGGAACCGAAGGUUGCUGCCUCUAGUUGAAAUGAGAGGAAGGAUCUUUGAUUUUUCAAGCUCAUAUUCAUUCUUUGUUUAUAAACAUAAAAAUAAGAUUCCCAGUAAAGAGAGAAAGGCCCUAUGAUCCCAAAUGAGGAAAUAAAGCAUGGCAGCUAGGCAUGUUAGAAUUCUUUUUUGCAAUAACACAAGUAUUUGCCUUUGGUCUUUUC